CAUUUGUCUCUUGCUUAGCACUUCUGCCUGUGGAAACGGCGCGCUCCAUGCACUUUUCUUUCACCAUUGGCAGGGUUAGAUUCACUCAAGUUCAUGAUAUGUACUAGAUGGAUGUCACGUCAGGGCGUGCUAUGUUUUUUUAGCAGAAAGCAGAGUGUUUCGAGUGCAAUGUGCCUCGCGAAACAACGGAAUGUAGCACGCAUAACUGUUUCAGCGUAAUGAGCGUGUGUCGUUUCUAUCGGACAUUGUUGUCGCUAGAGAGUACGCGGCAAUGUCCUUUUCACUCUCAAGUCUCAAGUCUACUGUUCUGAAGAUGUAUGACUUUAUGAGUCCUCUGAAGAAGUUUUGGCUGCAGGGAGGCGCCAGUCAAAAGAGUUUGGCCCAAUGCAAAGCCAUAGCAAACUGCGUAUUGCCUCUGCAUCCGCACAACCUGUUGUGCCCGGGCUCCAUGGUUGGGCAGACCUCCCAGAUGGUCCACUAAGCUCCAUUCUUGCACUGUCAGGGUCCUUCCGUGAUGUUCUUGCCUUCGCGGCAACAUGCCGCUCUUGGCGUGCUGCAUUCUCCUCAUACCCAAACAAAUCUGCCUUCUGCACCAGAUUCCCACCUCUCCUCGUCCAAUUCAAUGUCUGUGUUCAAGCUCCUGAUCUCCCGUCUAACAAGGGUCGUCACGAGCUACGCACAUGUAAGGUCAUUGAUCCAAUCAACAAGAACAUUGCCCUUCGCUGCCAGAUUCCUCAAGAAAUUUAUCAGGAGAUGCAUUUUGCUGGCACUUCCUAUGGUCAACUAAUUUGCGGCCGUGCUGGAUAUUGUCUUGUUGUUGAUGUGUUCAGUGGUGCCGUGGUUUGUCCCCCACGUCUCCCAUUCAGCGGUGAUUUUGAGUUUGGGAAGGAGUUCUACUUCAGUGGCACUUUGACGGCUCCCAUUGCAUCACCCAACUCACACCUCCUUGUCAGUACUGCAAUCUCCCUGUUUGAUUGGCCGGUCGGAAGUGACUCUUGGUCUGAACUCCAGCUUUCUGAUGAAUCGAUAGAACAGCUUGUGGAAUUCAAUGGUCAGUUCAUCGCCAUGGAUGAUUGUUAUAAGAUCUACGCUUUGCAGCUGUCCCCCCAGCUUGGUCUGCAGGAGAUAACAACUGAGUGGGUCGGUCACCUGCCCCCAAGCUCGUACACGAAACCAUGGCUAGUGGUCUGCGGCGAUAUGCUUCUCAUGGUUCCCUGUUUCUGGACAGUGAGCUCAGGCAGCUCAGUACUACAAUGUAUACCCCACCACCUUGACAUGUCGACCAAUCCUGCAAAAUGGGUCGAGGUAAACCAGCUGGAUAAUUGGGCACUCUUUGUUGGGGGUGAUAUGAGGAGCCGGCCGUUUUCUUGCAUGAGCCCGGAAAGAUGGGGCAGGAGGAGCAAGUGGCUGUACUAUGCUGGACGUAGCUCUUUUAUUGUACAUGGAGUGGGUGAUGAGCGGGCUCCUUCUGCCGGCCCCAAGGUAGAGUACGAGAGAAGACGGCCCCGGGCCGGCAAGCUGCAGCCCCUUUGGGUGUAUCCAAGCAUCUUCUACACUGAUGCGCAGUGACCAUCGCGUGCAUCGACGGCUUGCUGCUCCACAAGCUCCUGAUGAAAAUUCCCCUCCUGCAACACAGAGUAGGGGCUUUUGCAACUUGGGCGGUGCCAUUGUAGCAUUAGCACUUAGAACAUUUGUAGCAGUUUGGUAAACCAGUAUCUAGAGUCUGGGAGAUUAGUGCUUAGAGCUAGUUAGGACUUAGGAGUGGUCAAGCUUCUAAGUCAGUACUAUUAAUUUAGCUGUGUUGUUUAAUUAUGUGCUGGAUGAUGUGUAAUACUUUGAACUACCUGUUUCUUGUCUCUGCUCCAGUGACACGAGUUCUAAGCUUCUACGUCGC